AUGGAACAUGGGGAUAUCAUUUUCGUUGACGUGGAGCGUUCAACGGAUGAUCUGGUUGUGAUUGCUUUCGGUCUACAGGGACAUUUCCGUAUGCCUUGGAGGGAGUUUAAAGCGACGUAUGAGACCAAGGCCACUGCAGCUGUUAACAGAAGAGGCUGGAACCUGCACGACUUGGACGAAGCAUCCGAAUCGCUCCUCGUUCACCGUACUCUUGAACCCGGUCAACUGGAGAUGUGCCGUCCAAGGGCAAACAAAGUUCGCGAUAGUGCCAUUUCGGGGGAACGCAGCGCAUUUGAUUAG